AUGAACGUCGAUAACAAAGACCCUCCUACUGCGCUUCGAGAUGUAAAGCAUAUCCUUUUGAUUUUGUCAGGCAAAGGCGGUGUGGGGAAGAGCUCAGUGACUACGCAAGUCGCAUUAGCGUUAGCGGGCUCGGGCUAUAAGGUGGGUGUGCUAGAUAUAGACCUCACAGGGCCGUCAAUACCAAGAAUGUUCGGGCUGGAGCGACAAUCAGUCUAUCAGUCGCGCGAGGGCUGGAUUCCUGUUUCCAAAUAUGAAGAGGGCUCUGGUGCGCUCAAGGUAAUGUCACUGGGGUUCCUCCUGAAUGACAGAGGCAGCAGCGUCGUAUGGAGAGGUCCGAAGAAAACAGCAAUGAUAAAGCAAUUCAUAAAGGACGUAGUGUGGGGCGAACUGGACUACCUCCUCAUCGACACACCACCUGGCACGUCUGAUGAGCACAUCUCGAUAGCAGAAGAGCUUCGGUGGGCAAAUCCGGAUGGGAGCAUCAUUGUAACGACGCCACAGAACGUUGCUACUGCAGACGUGAAGAAAGAAAUCAAUUUUUGCCGAAAAGUGAAUCUCGACAUCCUAGGCAUUGUUGAAAACAUGUCGGGUUUUGUAUGUCCAUUUUGCGCUGAAUGCACCAACAUUUUCUCCAAAGGCGGAGGUCAAAAGCUGAGCGAAGAGCUGGGCAUCGAUUUCUUAGGAAAUGUUCCUAUUGACCCAACGUUUGUCGAGCUUAUAGAAAAGCAGAAAACAGAAGGGUCCAACUUAGUGGAUCUCUAUCAAAGCCAAGCCCUGUUUCCAGUGUUCCAAAACAUCAUUGCCUCUAUUCAAAGUAAAAAUAUUCCUUCCAGAGUACGUAAAUAA